AUGUCCGACGCACCAGCAACCAAGCCAGCAGCCAAAAAGAAGGCGCCAAAGAAGCCUGCCGAGCACCCCAAAUAUGAGGAAAUGAUCACCACCGCGAUUAAAGAGCUGAAAGAGCGAUCGGGCUCCUCGCGACAAAAGGUUACAAAGUACAUUAGCGAACAUUACAAAGUUGGUGACAAUGUUGGAGUUCAAGUGAAGCUGAAUUUGAAGAGACUAGUCGCGGCUGGAAAGCUAACGCAAACCAAGGGAGUUGGAGCGUCGGGUUCGUUUAAAGUGAACAAGGCCGCCGAGCCGAAGAAAAAGCCCAAAGCUCCAGCAAAGAAGAAGGUUGCCAAAAAACCUGCUGCUAAGAAACCGGCAAAGAAACCAGCAGCUAAGAAGACGACAAAAAAGACUGCUGCCAAAAAAUCUCCCAAGAAAAGCACCGCAAAGAAACCUACGAAGAAAUCGCCAAAGAAGCAGACAACCAAAAAGACAGCUACAAAGGCACAAUCGAAAAAGCCUGCCAAGAAACCCGCGUCAAAGAAGCCUGCAGCCAAGAAGGGAGCGAAAAAAUCGCCCAAAAAGGCGGCAAAGAGCAAGAAGUAA